AUGAUUCCUACAAAGACCCACCUCGGUAUAGCAACCUUUUUGGACGAUUCCGCCGCUACCGAUGCAGGGAUACACAUCUACCCCGAUGGAGACCUUUCAACACCAGAGAGGAGGAGUUAUCGAGAACUUCGGAAUAGCGCCCAAAAGAAAGCUCAUCUUUUGUGUGCGUCAAACACCUUCGUUGCAAGAAAGGUCGUGUUGAUCCACUUCCGAAGCCACUGGGAAAACAUUUUGUGGUUCUGGGCCGUGGUGCUUGCCAAUGGCAUUCCGGUCUUAUCGACACCACUCGUCAACAACAAGGAGGGUCGCAUGUCCCAUUUCCAGCAUCUCUAUCAAUUGUUGCUUGAUCCUAUGGUACUCACCAACGAAGCUCUUGCAGCCAGUGACUUCUUCGAUAACAACGUCCUCUCGAUUAUCAAUGUCGAGAAACUCGACGUUACGCAGGCCAAACGCAGGCUAUCCAAAAAUGGCGGAAUUGAAUCCUUCUACGAGAACGCCCAUGACUUAGCUGUCAAACGUUCCAAGAUUGAUAUACAAUCUACCGUUGUGCACGAAGACUUCGUCCAUUCGAGCAACUUAUUUGGGGAGAGUGAAAGUCAAAAUUCUACUCCUGAGCCGAACGAGAAUAUCUUCGAUCAAGUACACCAAAUCGAAACAUUCAGCCCAACAUGUCAUAUUACAGACGGCGUUGAAAUUCUCAUGCUCACUUCUGGAAGCAGUGGCAAAGCCAAAGCAGUCUGCUUGACUUAUGAACAGUUACAUGCGUCGGUCAGUGGCAAGUGUUCUGCUCUACCAGUUCUUUCGCAGACUUCACUUCUGAACUGGAUUGGACUUGACCAUGUAGCUAGCUUGGUCGAAAUCCAUCUAUGUGCUAUGUUUGCGCAGCUAGACCAAAUUCAUGUAUCCGCGAAGGCGCUCGUCGCAGAACCUCUCAACUUUCUACGUUUGGUCUCAAAGCACAAGGUCUCGAGGACGUUUGCUCCUCAAUUCUUUCUACAGAAGCUUGUAGAUACCUUUGACACCACGCCUACUCACGAUUUGAGUGGAAUAAGCCUCCCCCAUUUGCUUUACCUAAACUCGGGUGGCGAGGCAAAUAACGUCGAUACUUGUGUUCGACUCACCAAACACCUUAUAUGUCUAGGUGCUACAGCUAGCAAUAUUGUUGUUCCAGGCUUUGACAUGACGGAGACUUGUGCAGGAGCAAUCUUCAAUAAACAGUGUCCGUAUGUCGAUGUUCGAGCUAGGACUGAGUUCACAUCACUCGGUACUUGCAUGUCUGGCAUUGAAAUGAGGGUCUCGCCCACAGCAGAGGUCAAUGCAUCCGAUAAAGAAAACGAAAAUGCAGUCAAGACAGGUCCACUUGAAUUGCGUGGCCCUGUAGUAUUUAAUCGCUAUUUCAAUAAUGAAGAAGCCACUCGUGACGCCUUCACAUCAGAUGGAUGGUUCAAGACUGGCGAUCUGGCUGCAAUUGAUGCGACCGGGCGGUUAAGUCUAGUCGGCAGAGCGAAAGACUUAAUUAUCAUCAAUGGGGUUAAACACAUUCCCCAUGAAAUCGAAAGUGCCAUCGAAACAGCACAGCUUCCAGGAAUCAGCAAAUCUUUUGUCGUUUGUUUCGCGUAUCGGCGUUCUGGAUCUGCUAACGAAGACAUAUAUGUCGUUUACCAGCAUGCUUACGACCCACAUGAUAAAAUCGCUCGUCACGAGACUCUGCAGUCGAUUAAUCGCUUGGUACUUAUGUUCGCGGGUGCAAGGCCACGUGUGUUACCAUUACCAUGUGGCCGGCUAGAAAAAAGCACCCUGGGAAAGUUGUCACGAGAAAAGAUACGGACUGCAUUGACCCGUGGCGAGUAUAAAGAGCAGGAAGAAUUAAACAAUACGAUCAUUCAUUCCUAUCGUCAGACUACAUUUUCCGCACCAAGGGAUGACACUGAGACCACCUUGAUGGCUGUCCUUCUUAAAUUAUUAGACUUUGGUGACCUAGAAAUGGGCAUCGACACUCCAAUACUAGAAGUGGGCGUCAGCUCCGUGGAUCUUAUACGACUGAAGAGUGCUUGCGAGAAGGCUUUCAACAUUGCUGACAUCCCAAUCAUCGCGAUCAUGACCAAUACAACAAUCAGAACAUUAGCCUCAGCAAUUAAAGAGAUCCAAAAAAAGCACCAGUAUCAAGCAAAGUACAACCCAGUGGUGACACUUCAGCUCAACGGGUCUGAUACGCCACUUUGGCUGAUCCAUCCUGGAAUUGGCGAAAUUCUUGUGUUUCUGGGUUUGGUCCAGUACUUCCAAGAUCGACCCAUUCACACUCUUCGGGCUCGCGGAUUCAACCCGGGAGAAACACCUUUUGCUAGCUUGACAGAAAUAUUGCAAACAUAUCAUGAGGCGAUAAAACAAAAACAACCCAAGGGACCUUACGCUCUUGCAGGCUAUUCUUACGGUAGUAUGCUCGCCUUCGAGCUUUCCAAGGUCUUGGAGGCGAAUGGUGACGAAGUCCGCUUCUUGGGUUCGUUCAAUCUGCCACCUCAUAUCAAAGUGCGAAUGCGAAUGCUCGAUUGGACCGCGGGUGUCUUGCAUAUCGCACAUUUUUGCGGAAUAAUCACAGAAAAACGGUCAGAAGAGUUGGUGGAUGAGCUUCGUCCGCUGCCACAAAACGAGCAGGUAGCCAAGUUGUUAACUGAGAGCGACCAAGAACGUUGCAAAGAUUUGGCACUCACUCAGGAGUCGUUACUAAACUGGGUACAUGUCUCAUGGUCCCUUCAGAAGAUUGGAUGGGAAUACGACCCAUCUGGAUCUGUCUCCCAUAUGGAUGUUUUCUACUGUCAACCUCUUAAAGUUGUUGCCAAAACCAGAGAAGAGUACAGAAACACCAAGUUAAAUCAUUGGCAGGAGUUUGUGCGCGGCGAUGUGGUCUUCCAUGAAGUUGAUGGAGAGCAUUACACAAUGAUUGGGCCCGAGCAUGCCCCCAAAUUUCAAAAGGCGUUGAAAAAGGCAUUGUCAGCGCGUGGGAUUUAA